CGCCCACGAAAAUCCACGAUAACCCACUACCACCGACUUUAUACUAGACUCAAAUUAAAUCUCUUCCGCGAUGGUCUUUGGUUUUUUUGAAUCACCUAGUUGGACUCCCGAACAGAUCCCUGACCUUACUGGUCGAGUGGCUAUCGUCACAGGUGCCAACACUGGAAUCGGAUAUCACACCUGCCUUCAAUUAUCUCGUCAUGGAGCAAAAGUCUAUAUGGCUUGCCGUAGUGAGCCACGCACUCAAGAGGCCAUUUCUAGAAUCAAGGAAGAAGUUCCAAACGCAGAACUUGACUUCCUUCAAUUUGACCUCACUCGACUUGCAUCUGCGAUUACGGCUGCGGAGACUUUUGCUCAAAAGGAAGGCCGACUCGACAUUCUCGUCAACAACGCAGGAAUUGCUAUGGCCCCCUAUGAAUUGAGUCCAGAUGGGAUUGAAGUACAAGCUUGUAAUGGAACAGGUCACUUUGCUUUAACCACCAACUUACUCCCUCUUUUACGUAAGACUUCUGAAUUGGAAGGAUCAGAUGUUAGAAUUGUGACGGUCGCAAGUGAGGCACAUAAAUUCACUACGUCUCCAGACUUUUCAACUCUUGAUGGUUUGAACAAACCCUGUUUAAAUUCCGCGGUCAGGUAUGGAAAUAGUAAACUUUCGAAUAUGGUCUUUACGCAAGAGCUCCAAAAGCGCUUGGACGACACUGGGAUCAUCUGUAUCUCGGUGCAUCCAGGUGGUGUGGCGACCGAAAUACCUCGAAGUGGCCUGAAAGCUUAUCCGUUCUUAGCUCCGUUCUUGUUUAUUCAAAACUAUGUACUUAUGCAUGCUAAAGACGGCGCGAUCACUUCACUAUACGCGGCUACCUCUCCCGAAGUGAGGUCAAAGCAAAUGAAAGCGGAAUACCUGAUUCCUUUUGGGAAAAUUGGAACAAAGAACAAGCUCGCUGAGGAUAAGGAAGGAAAGUUAGGCCGAGAGUUUUGGAGCCUGUGCGAGAAAUUGAUGGCUGAAGCUGGUGCCCGGGGAGAUGGAACUCCAAAUGGUACCACCACGUGAAUUUGGAUAGUCAUUUUCUUACUUUCUCCCUAGGCCACUUGCAACAUUCAUGCAUCAUUUUCAGCUUCUGGUAGCGAUUUUUCUUAUACAUCUUUCUCUCUUUGUUGAUCCCGUUGUACAUCAGUGAACACUAGUGAUGGAUUGCAUUUUUCAAUAAUUGGAUCUUGUUGUAUGUUGGAAAUGACUGCAUUCACAUUUGUACCAUGACAACAAUGCAAGUUUUUGAAUAUCUUUUGCCCUUUC